AUGCCUCGUCCAACGAGGGCUAGAGCUAUUCGCGAAGACUCAUCUGACCUGUCGUCUGCCGCAUCUGACGCUCUGGAACCCACUGCCAUCGAAACCACUUCCGACGCAACCAGAGGCACCAAGCGCAAGCGCCAGCUCAAGCAAGACACCACCGAAGACGUAGAGGAAGAGGAAGAGCUAGAAGAGAAGCCUGUUGCUGUCAAGAAAAUCAGACAGCGUACAACAGUCAAGGUCGACCAAGCCAUCUCCCCACCGCCCAAGCGAGCCAACAAGUCCACCAAGUCGACCGCCAUCAUUGAUGAGACGAACGAAGCAGAGACCACAACAGUCGACGCCCAAGAAACAAAGAUCAAGGUCGUAAGGAAGCGCAAGACUAAGGAAGAGAAGGAAGCAGAGGCAAUGCCCCUGGCAGCACGCACACUAGGCCACAAGCUCUUCAUCGGCGCCCAUGUCUCGGCCGCUGGCGGUGUUCCUAAUGCCGUCCAGAACGCUGUCCAUAUCGGCGCAAACGCCUUCGCUCUGUUCUUGAAAUCCCAACGCAAGUGGGCCAACCCUCCACUGGCCGAAGCCCAUUCCAUCGACUUCCAUGCUCAUUGCGACAAGCAUGACUUCGACCAGAAUCAACAUGUCGUCCCACACGGCUCAUACCUUGUCAAUCUAGCACACACCGAUCCCGACCGCACCAGACAAGCUUACGACUCCUUUCUCGAUGACCUGAAGCGUUGCGAGAAACUGGGCAUCUCGCUCUACAACUUCCAUCCUGGCAACAGUGUCGGUGGUGAUCGCGAUGCUGCCAUUGCUCACUUGGCCAACAACCUCAACCGCGCGCACAAGGAGACUUCGAGAGUCAUCACGUUACUCGAGAACAUGGCUGCUGGCGGAAAUGUCAUUGGCUCUACUUUCGAAGACUUGCGCGAUGUCAUUGACUUGAUCGAUGACAAGUCUCGCGUUGGUGUCUGUCUCGAUACAUGCCAUGCCUUUGCUGGCGGCUAUGACCUACGAACACCGGAGACCGUUCAAAAGACUCUAUCAGACUUCGACGAGACAGUCGGCAUGAAGUACUUGCGUGCCCUGCAUCUCAACGACAGCAAAGCACCCUUCUCAAGCCACAGAGAUUUACAUGCAAACAUCGGCACUGGCUUCCUAGGUCUUCGUGGCUUCCACGCAAUCAUGAACGACGAGCGCGUCAUCGGCCUGCCUAUGGUCCUUGAGACACCAAUCGAGGUCCGUGAUGAGAACGGCAAUCUCCAGAAAGAUGCUAAGGGCAAAGAAAUGGAAGAUAAGAACAUCUGGGCUCGUGAGAUCAAGCUACUUGAGAGUCUCGUGGGUAUGGACGUGAAAAGCGAAGAGUUUAAGCAGCUUGAGGAUAAACUGCAGAAGAUGGGUAAGGUCGAACGAGACAGAAUCGCCGAGCAAGUCGAGAAGAAAACAACAAAGGUCAAGGUCAAAGAAGACAAAGCGAAGGCCAAACAGACCAAACUCAACUUUGGCAAGGCUGCUGCUCCUGCGAAAAGGGGUAAAAAGGGUAAGAAGGAUGAAGACGCUGAUCAGAGUGAUGCUUCCCUGAGCUCAGUGCCCUCGGACAAUGAGAGCUAA